GUUUACUUUUGUAUAUGCAUUAUUUAGAAGCAUUCAUAACAAGAUAUUAUCCCCACCGAUUGUGUUAUUUGUUGUUUUUCCAGUGUUUACUAAUGUAGUAAGUGAACUAAACAGAUGUCCAUUUUUGUGACGUGAUUCUCUCUUUAUUCAGGGUGGAGGAAGCAGAGGUUGUUUAUCCAGAUGGAAGAUCAUGAAAGCCCAAGCUGGGUCGUGGUCAGUAUGGAGUCGUGUAUUUGUGGUUGACAUCACCCGUGCGCUCAAAUCUGUGGUUCCGCUGGAUGGCAAACACUGGAACGACUUCGCGCUGGAGUUUCACUACACACCGUAACCUCACUACUACUGCACCCUACUGAGGGAACAGCACGUCAUACACUAAAAAUACAGUCUCUCCCUAAGCACGAGCGGUUGGUGAAUCUUCACGGUUUGGUCAUCAAUCACUCGUACGCAGGCGGCACCAGUAUCGCAGUUCUAUUGAUCAUGGAGCGGUUACACAGAUAUCUCUACACCGGACUGAAGGCCGGUCUGAUGCUGAAGGCAAGGUUACAGAUCGCUCUGAAUGUGGUGGAGGGGAUUCGGUCAGGGUCAGACUCACCGGACAAACAGAUCACAGAUCUGGGUUUCUGUAAACCGGAGGCGAUGGUGUCAGGCAGUAUAGUGGGAACACCCAUACACAUGGCACCAGAACUGUUCACAGGUAUCUCUGCACCGGCUCUGUCAAACUCCCAGAAGCCUUUGAGAAAUGUGCUAGUAAAGAUCAGCUGUGGACCAACGUCAAGAAAGGUUCGGGCCCGGAGCGUUUGCCCGUGUUUGAAUGAUGAGGAAUGGUGGCAGCUCAUGGAAGCGUGCUGGAACGGAGACCCUUCUCAAAGACCCCUGCUGGGAAUCGUGCAGCCCGGCCUGCAAAGGAGCUGUGGAGGAAAAGCCUGUUAUAGUUGUACAAAAGAAAAUGGACGGAUCAGACGUCUCUGUGACAGACCGUGAACGACAGGAAAAUCACACUGAGUUGUGUCGCAUCUGCUGCUUCAUAGACAAAUUUUACAUGUAGUUAACUUUGUGUUACAUAAGAAGGAAAUGUUAAUUUUUAGAUGCUGUUUAAAGUGGUUUACCGUUGUACUGAGAUUUUUUUAAUAAAUUGAUUUG